CAGAAGCUACAGGCUUUAGACAAGAUCAUUCUGCAGCAGGUUAUCAUCAUCAUUCCCAACAUGAAGAUACUGACUGCGUUUGCAGUUCUUUGUGCCAUGAUGGCUCUGACCAGAGCUGUUGCUCUUCCAGAAGCCAAGGCCAAGGAUGAUCAAACAGUAAAGAGUCGUCUGGUCAAGAGGUCAACAGAUUGUCCCAAUAGGUGGUCUCUGUUCAACAAUCGCUGUUUCCACUACAUUCCAAGACCCAUGACUUGGGCUCAAGCUGAGAAAAACUGCCAGUCCAUGGGUGCAAACCUUGCAUCAGUACAGAACAUACAGGAGUACCAAGAGAUUCAGAGGCUGAUUAGGGCCGCAAGUUAUCAGUCUAAGGAGGCAUGGCUCGGAGGCUCUGAUGCACAAGAGGAGCGUCUUUGGCUGUGGAGUGAUGGUUCUCGUUUCCAGUAUCUGAACUGGUGUAACGGACAGCCUGACAACGGCCGCAGCCAGCAGCACUGUUUGCAAAUGAACUAUGGAGGGGAAAAGUGCUGGGAUGAUAUCAACUGUGGUACUACUCGCCCAUCUGUCUGCGCCAAGAAAGUCUGAUGAUUCCUGGGCUGCCAGAGAGGUAUCAAGUACCUGUCAAGCACAACAAACACACUGUUUUUUGUGUCAUCAGUUUCAUAACUUGAAGGCUCUAUAUUUCUUUGCAUAUCUCAAUUUUUUUUUCUAUUGCCGUUACAAUUUCUUUUUCUAUUGCCGUUUAAAAUGACAAGUGAGAAAGGAGGAGCUGGAUUGUCUCUUAGGCCUUGGGUUUUUAAGAAGAUCAGACAGCAGAUUGUGUUAUGGAAAGUACGCUUUAGCAACUGUAUUUCCUGUCUUUUGCAAAAUUAAAAGCAUCAAACAA